AUGGUAAUGUCGAUGUUGCCUUACACCUACCCAUUGGCUCUGCUCAUCGUCCUCGUCGUCCUCGGUGUUGCCGCCCCCCCUGCACUUGUCCGGUCGGACCCAGAGCCUGGGCCGAGCGUGGAAGCCAUCAACGCCACAUGUGCAACCGCUUCUUCCCAGGUAUAUUGCAGACAGUUGUUGUUAGACAACCUGGACGUGAGGACGCCGGAGGUGAAGGACGUGAUCGGGAUGUCGGUCCAAGUGGCGGCCAAGAAGGCGGCGGAGGCGGCCGCAGUCUACAAGGCCAACAAGAACCCCUCCAAGUGCAUCGCGGGCUGCAUCCACGACCUGGCCGUGCUCACCAAGAUGAUCGAUGCAGUCCGGGACCCGGCGGUGCUCAAAACCGCCAAGGACGCGGGCUAUGAUGAGUUCGAUUCCAGGAACAAGAAAUGCGGAAAUGAUUGCACCAUCGACAUGUCAAACCAAGAACGCGCCGACCAGAUGGCGUUCGUCUUUGCGGAAGGAGCUCUGCACGUCACCGAUGACCUCUUGAAGAGGAGGGCCUUCUUCAACCAGAAAAAGGCAUGAAUGUUUCCAAGAAGAACACAACUCAAGGCCCAAGGAUCAUCUCAAGUCUGAAAUCUGAAGAGGAGGAUCGAUGCAUGCAUGCAUGCCGUGAUCGAUUUAUUUUGCAUUUUUUGAUUUUUUAUAACAAUGGAUCAAUGCCAAUUAAUG